CGCUGUGCGCGCGCCUUCCCCAGCCAUGUCGUCCAUCCUGCCCUUUACUCCCCCGAUCGUGAAGCGCCUGCUGGGCUGGAAGAAGGGCGAGCAGAACGGGCAGGAGGAGAAGUGGUGCGAGAAGGCGGUCAAGAGCUUGGUCAAGAAGCUCAAGAAGACGGGGCAGCUGGAUGAGCUGGAGAAGGCCAUCACCACGCAGAACGUCAACACCAAGUGCAUCACCAUCCCCAGGUCCUUGGAUGGCCGGCUGCAGGUGUCCCAUCGGAAAGGGCUCCCCCAUGUCAUCUACUGCCGCCUGUGGCGAUGGCCCGACCUGCACAGCCACCACGAGCUGCGGGCCAUGGAGCUAUGUGAGUUCGCCUUCAACAUGAAGAAGGACGAGGUCUGCGUGAAUCCCUACCACUAUCAGAGAGUAGAGACACCAGUUCUACCUCCUGUGUUGGUGCCACGCCACACAGAGAUCCCGGCCGAGUUCCCCCCGCUGGAUGACUACAGCCAUUCCAUCCCCGAAAACACUAACUUCCCCGCGGGCAUUGAGCCCCAGAGCAAUAUUCCAGAGACCCCACCCCCUGGCUACCUGAGUGAAGAUGGAGAAACCAGUGACCACCAGAUGAACCACAGCAUGGAUGCAGGUUCUCCAAAUCUAUCCCCGAAUCCGAUGUCCCCAGCGCACAGCAACUUGGACCUGCAGCCAGUCACCUACUGCGAGCCGGCUUUCUGGUGCUCCAUCUCCUACUACGAGCUGAACCAGCGUGUUGGGGAGACAUUCCACGCCUCGCAGCCGUCCAUGACGGUGGAUGGCUUUACCGACCCCUCCAACUCGGAGCGCUUCUGCCUAGGGCUGCUCUCCAAUGUCAACAGGAACGCAGCGGUGGAGCUCACACGGAGGCACAUCGGGAGAGGUGUGCGGCUCUACUACAUCGGAGGGGAGGUCUUUGCAGAGUGCCUCAGCGACAGCGCUAUUUUUGUCCAGUCUCCCAACUGUAACCAGCGCUAUGGCUGGCACCCAGCCACCGUCUGCAAGAUCCCACCAGGGUGCAACCUGAAGAUCUUCAACAACCAGGAGUUUGCCGCCCUCCUGGCUCAGUCUGUCAACCAGGGCUUUGAAGCCGUCUACCAGUUGACCCGAAUGUGCACCAUCCGCAUGAGCUUCGUCAAAGGCUGGGGAGCGGAAUACAGGAGACAGACAGUGACCAGCACUCCCUGCUGGAUCGAGCUGCACCUGAAUGGGCCUUUACAGUGGCUUGACAAGGUCCUCACCCAGAUGGGCUCCCCAAGCAUCCGCUGUUCCAGUGUGUCUUAGAGACAUUGGGUGUGAAGGGGGAGGGCGGGGAGGGUGGGCUUGGGGAAAAUGGCCAUGUAGGAGGUGGAGAAAAUUGGAACUCUACUCAACCCAUUGUCAAAGAAGAAGAAAUUUUUCUCCCUCAACUGAAGUGGCACCAACCUGUUUUCCAAAACAUAAAAGCAAACCCAGAGAUGGAUUUUACGAACAGAUGUGUCUGCUGAACACAUUUACCCUUAAGCCCCAGUUUGAAGGGCAAGAAAUGGCUUCUGCUCUGGUGGCUUGAGUGAACAGGUAGAAUUUCACCAUCUGCCCCCUCCCCCAGCCUCUUUUUAAAAAUGAUAGCGAUCUGGGAUGUCACAGUCCAACAGGAAACACCCCUCUGUCCAGGACUGGAGUGUGGAAUUCAUCUUAGAAAGAUGUUCUAGGUAGGGAAAAGCCUGCUGAGCCAUGAGCAGACCUCAUGCCCAGCUCUCCAGCGCUUUGGACAAACACCUCAACUGAGCAUUCCCAACCAAGCCCUAUGUUCUGCAGACCCUGCACCUUGUGAGCUGGAUUGCCUUGGGGUGGGGAGGGGACUUGUUUCUCUCCCCUCCCAGAAUAUACUGAGUGGUGUGUGUUCAGCAGAACGUGCUCAGGGGACAAUGGGAAAAGUUGGUGAGAGCCACCUCUUUAAAAACUCUCUUAAAUUUGUCCUUUCUCACUUGGAAAAGUUGGAAGGACCUGCCGAGGCUCAGUGUGUAUGCAAUGUGUAGUUUCUAUUAUCACAUUAAUCUCAAAGAGAUUUGAAUGACGUUAAGGGUUCACAUGAAGCAAGAGGCAGUUGUGUGGUGUUUGGGCUAAGGCAGCACUACACUGAGUGCAUCUCCAGUCAUCUGUGAAAGCUCACCAUGUUCUGAUGCAUACAGCUAUAUUGGUUUAUGUAGUCAGUUGCAUUAAUUAAAUCAACUUUAUCAUAUGCUCCUUUAAA